AUGUCUACACAAUUUAGGAAGUCAAAUCAUAAUAGUCAUAGUAAUAAAAAACUAAAUCCUGCGCUAAAGUCCAAAAUAGACACGCUUACAGAAUUGUUCCCUGACUGGACGAGUGAUGAUUUAAUUGAUAUAGUUCAGGAAUAUGAUGAUUUGGAAACUAUAAUUGAUAAAAUUACUUCUGGCGCAGUGACAAGAUGGGAUGAAGUAAAGAAACCUGCCAAGAAGGAAAAGCACGAAAAGAAGGAACAACAACACUCAUAUGUUCCUCAACAACAUUUGCCAAACCCUGAAGAUGAUAUUACAUACAAGAGUUCUAAUAAUAGCAAUUCUUUUACUUCUACAAAGCAUAACAGCAGCAACAACUAUACUCAAGCCAGAAAUAAGAAGAAGGUACAAACACCACGAGCUCAUCCAACUGGAAAACAUGUCAAUAUCGACAAGGGAAAGCACGUUCCAUCUAAGCCUGUUUCAAAUACUACAUCGUGGGCAGCAGCCGUUUCUGUAGAUACUAAAAACGACAUUCCUCAAGAUUCAAACGAUGAUAAUAAUGAAGAAUUAGAAGGGCAAGAACAAGAAGAGCAGGAAAAAAAUCAAGAAAAGGAGCAAUCAGAAGAACAACAACAGCAAGAAAGUCAUAAUAACAAAGAAGAACGCAAACAAAUAGAACAACCUUCUUUACCUUCAAAGAAAACUUCCAAAACAUCUGCUUCACAACCAAAGAAAAUGUCAUGGGCUGCAAUUGCUACACCAAAACCAAAAGUUGUUAAGAAGGCCGAAUCCCCUCUUGAAAACGUUGAUGAAUUGAAGAAAGAAAUAAGCGAGAUUAAGGAGGACGAAAAUUCGGAAGCUGGAGAGCAAGGUAAUGAACAAGAAAUCCCUGUACAAGAACAGGAGGCGGAGACUGCUGAACCUUCUGAAGAAAGUGAAGACAGAGCCCCUGAAGUGAACGAGGAAAAAUCCGAAGAAGCUGAAGAAAAGGAACAAGAAAAAGAAGAGGAACUGGAAGCGGAAGAACUGGAACAAGAACAAGAACAAGAUAAUGUUGCUGCUCCAGAAGAAGAAGUUACAGUUGUCGAAGAAAAAGUUGAAAUUAGUGCUGUUAUUUCAGAACCUUCAGAAGAUCAAGCUAAUACUGUUCCUCAACAGCAACAACUACAACUACAACCACAACAGCAACAACAACAACAACAACAGCAACAACAACAACCACAACAACAACAACCACAACAACCACAACAACAACAACCACAACAACAACAACAACAACAACAACAACAACAACAACAACCUGUACAAGCUCAAGCUCAGGCUCAAGAAGAACAAUUAUCUCAAAACUACUACACCCAACAGCAGCAGCAACAAUACGCUCAACAACAGCAUCAAUUACAACAACAGUAUCUAUCCCAGCAACAGCAAUAUGCUCAGCAGCAACAGCAGCAUCCCCAACCACAAACACAACAGCCUCAAUCACAACAAAGUCCACAAAGUCAAAAGCAAGGGAACAACGUGGCUGCUCAACAGUACUACAUGUACCAGAACCAGUUCCCUGGAUAUUCUUAUCCAGGUAUGUUUGAUUCGCAAGGAUACGCGUACGGUCAACAAUACCAACAACUUGCUCAAAACAACGCACAAACUAGUGGUAAUGCUAACCAAUAUAAUUUCCAACAAGGUUAUGGUCAAGCAGGUGCCAACACUGCUGCCGCCGCCAACUUAACCAGUGCUGCUGCCGCCGCUGCCGCUUCUCCAGCUACAGCACAUGCCCAACCUCAACAACAACAACCAUACGGAGGCUCAUUCAUGCCAUACUAUGCUCACUUUUACCAACAGUCAUUCCCAUACGGUCAACCUCAAUAUGGUGUAGCCGGUCAAUAUCCAUAUCAGUUACCAAAGAAUAAUUACAAUUAUUACCAGACUCAAAACGGUCAGGAGCAGCAGAGUCCUAACCAAGCUGUUGCCCAGCAUGCUGAAGACUCUCAACAGAAGCAAUCGCAACAACCACAGCAACAGCAACCGCAAGGCCAACCUCAACCGGAAGUUCAAAUGCAAAAUGGACAACCUGUCAACCCACAACAGCAAAUGCAAUUCCAACAAUACUAUCAAUUCCAACAACAACAGCAACAGGCUGCUGCCGCUGCCGCUGCCGCUGCCCAACAAGGUGUACCAUAUGGCUACAACGGUUAUGAUUACAAUUCUAAAAAUUCAAGGGGUUUCUAUUAA